AUGGUCGCCGCCAUCAAGAGACGUGAACCCGCCACAGAUCCCCAAAAAGUCUUCCACUACACAGACCUCCAGCGCACCAAGCCAACCCGCGAGAAUGACCCCUACGAAUACCUCGCAGGCUGGGGCAACCGCCAUCAAUCAGAGGUCAUACCCGGAACUCUCCCCGCCGGCCAGAACAACCCCCAAGACAGAGGUUUUGGUCUGUACACUGAGGGUAUCACCUACUCUGCUUUCGCAGCUCCUCGCGGCUUCAACAUGAGCACGUACAUGUACCGCGCUCGACCAUCUGCUGCUCAUCAGGGGUAUUCUAGUAUUGAGACAAAGUCUCAUAUUGAGAAUUGCUUUUUGUCGUUGAAUUCCAAGGUUGAGCCGCUGUAUCAGCAGGCUGAGUGGUCGCCUUUUCCGUUGCCGGGGGAUGAUGAAGUGGUUGAUUUUACGGAUGGGUUGCAUACGCUUGCUGGAAGUGGGGAUCCUAAUCUGAGACAGGGUAUUGCUGUUUAUGUUUACAUGAUCAAUGCUUCUAUGGUCAACAAGGCGUAUUGCAACACGGAUGGCGACUUUCUCAUCACUCCUCAACUCGGAAUCAUAGACAUCCAAACCGAGAUGGGUCGUCUUUUUGUCCAACCAGGCGAGAUCUGUGUUAUUCAGCGUGGUGUACGCUUCCGCAUCAAUCUUGCAGAAGGUGUUCCGGUUGCUCGUGGCCAUAUCGCUGAGGUUUGGGGAUCUAUGUGGGAGCUCCCUGACCUUGGGCCUAUAGGAGGACACGGCUUGGCUAACCCUCGAGAUUUUCUUUAUCCUGUCGCUCACAUCGACGAGGAUCUACAUGUACCUUUCAAGAUCGUCGCCAAGCAUAACGGAAAGCAUGUUGUCAUCAGUCAGGAUCAUAGUCCGUUUGAUGUUGUUGCAUGGCAUGGGAAUGCAGUUCCCUACAAGUACGAUUUAACAAAGUUCGCGUCUCAGAACAGCACCAGCAUUGAUCACACUGACCCAAGCAUCAACACUGUUCUGACAGCAAAGUCAUUCGAUCCCCAUGUUCCGCUUGCAGACUAUCUGUGGUUUGGUCCACGAUGGGAUGUAGCUAGCAAUUCUUUGCGCGCGCCAUACUACCAUCGUAACAGCGCAACAGAGAUGUUGGCUUGUAUCUACGGAGCAGGACUCGGCCGGUCCGAUGACUUCUUGCCCGGUGGCUGCAGUUACGAGGGCGGACAUACUCCACAUGGUGGCUUCGGUGAGGAGUACAUCACCGAAUCCAUCUUACAGCACAACGAACCUCGCAGAAUCUUAGAGAAUCAAAUGACCAUCAUGGUAGAGUCAUCACGCACAUUCCUCUUCACAGAGUAUGCCCGAGAGAUCUGCGGUGUUCUCCACAAACAAGCCACCGACUAUCGAGUUUGGGAUAAUCUGCCUGAUCGCUUCUCAGCACAUCCUUUGACCAAGCAGCUGCUUGAACGUGUUGCGAAAGAUAAGGCGAACCAGAAGAAGGCGGUUGACUAUUAUCACUCGGUUCAGUUGCUGGACCCCAAGGGUCAGCCGACGCAAGUGCUUCCUCAUGAGACUAAUGGGCAUGCAAAGAUUGGUGCAGUCGAUGCAGCGGUUUGGAACUAG